CCCAUAUUUUCUCACUUUAUUUCUUCAUUCGUGUGAUAUAUGUUAUACCAACCAAACAUUGAUAUCAAUAUUGAUUUUGAUAUAGUUUUAAUCGUUAUAAAGUUGUAGUGAUAUUAAAACUAUUUUAUUUUGUGUCGCGAACUGAAAAAUAUUUAAUAUUUUAAUCUAAAAUUGUUUCCCAAAUAUCAAAGUAAUGGUCGACUCAAUCGAUUUGAUCGCAAUUUGUGUGUCGACUAUAACUUUUGUGAUCGUCAACCAAACGAUAGUGAAGUAUCUGAGGCCGGAGUCCAUCACAAUCAACACAUUCCUGGACUGGAAGUUCCGCAAUAUAUUCACAUCUCUUUUGCACUCAUUUAUCGUUGGCUUUGGCAUCCUUUACGUUAUUCUAAGCGAUGGAUCGAUUGUAUCAGAUAUGAUGAGCGGUCAGUCGGAAGCUGGCGAAGCCUUCCUAUGCAUAUCUACCGGUUAUUUCGUGUACGACCUGAUGCUGUCCAUCACUAAUCUGCAAUACCCGGGCCGAGUGGAGAUCAUUGUACACCACGUGAUCACACUGUCGUGUCUGGCCGUCUCGCUCUAUAACAAAAAGUUUUUGGCCUAUUGUAUGGUCGGUCUGACGGUCGAGAUCUCCUCCUUCUUCAUUCACGUCAGGGAACUGUUAAUACUUUCCGGUGUUUACAAGACGUCGAUUGUAUACUUCUUGAAUAGUAUACUAACUAUUUUCACUUUAAUAGUGUUUCGCUUUCUGCCGUUGAGUUGGAUUUCGAUCGGCUUAUACACCGAUAGACAACACAUCGGAUUACCGUUACUUCUAAUGGCUGUCCUGUUUCUGGUGAUCAUAUUCAUGGUGUCCAGCGUUUUGCUGUAUAGAGUGGUCAUAAGUGACUGCAAUUCGGCCAUCACUCGGCAUGUCAUCCAUUUUAUAGCGACGAUAACCAAUAAAUUUCAUCUCAAGUGCUCAUCGAAAGUGAAGAAAUUUUUUUAAUUUACAAAAACACAACAACAGACCAAUUGAUUGACAAUAAAUCUUAAUGAAAG